AACUCCAGGACUUGCCCCAAGAAGUCUUCGCUCUUGAUCCCACUGGCACGUGCCAAACUCCAAGCACAGAGCUCCUCUACAGGUGCAGGAAGUGCAGGCGUGCUUUGUUCCGUAGCUCCAGCAUUCUGUCCCACGCGGAAGGAAGCGGACCGGCAGCCUUUCCCCACAAGAGGAUCACGGACCCCGCUCGGCUUGAGGGAGCAAAGUGUACCUCCUACUUCACCGAGCCCGUGCAGUGGAUGGAGCCAGCGCUGCUCGGAGUAAUGGAAGGACAGCUUCUCUGUCCCAAGUGCGCGUCCAAGCUGGGCUCCUUCAGCUGGCGGGGCGAGCAGUGUUCCUGCGGCCGCUGGGUGACGCCGGCCUUCCAGAUCCACAAAAGCCGAGUGGACGAGACCAGGACUCCGCCGGGCACCAACUUCCAAUCUGCCAAAGCCUGA